AUGUGCAAGCAAUUACUCUUAAGAGUGGAAGAGUUCUUCCGAGAGAGUUGGUACCAUCAAGAAGCAAUGAGGACAUUGCGAUUCAAGAGGAGGAGGAGUCAGUCGACAUUGAAGCUGAAGAGUGUUGAGAAAGGAAUCAGUGGAACCAGAGCCUGUGAAGCAGAGAGGAGUGCAGCAGAGCCAUCAAAAGGAACAAGAAGAAAGGGAAACUCUUUUUGUUCCUCCACCUAUUCAAACCAACUUGCCUUUUCCAACAAGGUUCAAGAAGCAAAUGGCAGAAAAUGCAGGAAAGUCUUUGAUCAGCAAAUGUCUGAGAUCAAUCUGAAGAUCCCUUUUAUAGACGCUCUCAUGAUGAUCAAGCCUUAUCAGAAAUUUUUGAAAGAUGCCAUUUUGGAGAGAACCAAAGAAGUGCAAGGCAUGGUGGUCUUGUCUCAAGAGUGUAGUGCUAUAAUUCAAAGCAAGGCAGUAACAAGAAGCUUGGUGAUCCUGGAAGCUUCACUCUCCCUGUUCCUAGGACCAUUAGCUUUCAAGAAGAGUUUAUGUGAUUUGGGAGCAAGUGUGAGCAUAAUGCCUUUGACUGUGGCAAGGCGUUUGGGUUUUGAGAAAUACAAGGAAUGUCAUUUCUCUUUGAUUCUUGCUGAUAGAUCAGUUAAGCUUCCAGUAGGCAUGCUUGAAGAUAUGCCACUCAAGGUGGGAAGUGUGAUAGUUCCAACUGACUUUGUGGUAGUGAGAUGGAUGAAGAACCCAAAGACCCUUAUUUUGGGAAGACCUUUCCUUGCCACUGCUGGAGCUAUAAUAGACGUGAGAAGAGGCAAGAUUGAGCUGAAUUUGGGUAAAGACUGCAAGAUGGUGUUCAAUGUAAAAGACGUUAUGAAGCAACCAACCAUCAAUGGCGAGUCAUUUUACAUUGAAACACUUGAGCAGCUAGCCGAUGACUAUUUGGAAGAAUUGGUGUGA